AGGGGCAGUGGGCGUUGGCGCUUUGCUGGUGCACGACGGCUCUCUGACGUGCGCGCUAUUGUUAUAAUUUAUUGCCGUCCCUAUACGUUAAUAUUUACCCUAGCGCCGAUUUAUCCAGCGUUCCUCAUCCUUUGUAUGUAUCCUAGCCGUUCGCUGGUUACUCCCAUAAAACAUGAGUAGUAAUUUCUACACCGGCAUGACCAGCAGUCAUGCGGACAUAUACGCCGAAUUUCGCCCCACACCUCCGCAAGCUCUCACUGAUGAGAUACUGAAGUACUUGAAGGUCAAGGUGUCAGACCUGAACCUUGCUGUAGAUGUUGGCUGUGGUCCUGGCACAAGUACAACAAUGCUUGCCCCGCACUUCAAAGUGGUACACGGCUAUGACAUAUCUGAAGCCCAAAUCAAUAAAGCAAGGACACUUAAACUCGGAAAUGUUUCCUUCAGCGUCUCGUCGGCUGAGAAAAUCAACGAAAAAGAUGAAUCGGUGCAGCUGGUAAUGGUGAUGCAGGCUGUUCACUACUUCGACCUCGAUGCAUUCUACAAGGAGGUGACAAGAGUGCUGGUGCCCAAUGGGGUUUUGGCCCUCUGCAGUUACCUCAUCCCCAAGCCUGUAAGCAAGAACCAGGAGAGAAUGGACAGAGUAAUACAUGAUGAAAUCUACAGAGGUAUACCAAAAGAAUACUGGUCGCCCGUUAUAGACAUUGUCGACAACCUGUAUCGAGACAUUCGACCUGCUUUUGAGGAUCAUGUUCGGAUAGACUGCGUCGAGGACCGUAAGAUGAGGACUGUUGCUGAUUAUGCCAACUACACGAAGACGUGGUCAGCGUACCAGCUUUUACUCAAGAAGAAACCAUCAGAAGCCGAGGAGAUUUCUCGAAAGUUGACGACCAUACUGAUGGAAGACGCUGGAAAGAUUGGUGGAGAUCCAGAGAAAACAAACCUCGAGGUGAAGACACAGUUCUUCAUGAUUCUGGCAAGAAAGCCUGGGUCUAAAUAAUUUUCAAGACUGUAUAUCAACCACCUUAAAGCACUUUUUAUGAUCGUGUGACUGCGGUAUCAAACAUAUUGAUGAAGUCUAUUGUAUAUGGUGCAAAUAAAUAUUUCUUAGAUAUA